AUGGUCAUCCCAUCUACUCAAAUUGCAGCAGCCAUCCCGCCUUCGGGACCGGAUGGAUCUCUGACGGUCCACAUCAGUAAGACGCAUCCGGUGCCGAAGCCGGGUGAUGGUGAAGUUCUGGUCAAAUUGGAGUACUCGGGGGUGUGUCACAGUGAUGUUCACAGCAUUCGUGGGGACACUCCCAUGUUGACUGAUGUUGCGGGUCAUGAGGGGGUGGGGAAGAUUGUAUCGGUCGGCUCUAAUUUGGACGAGAAAGAAUGGUUGGGACAUCGGGUGGGCAUCAGAUGGCUCUAUAGCUCCUGUCUCAAAUGCGAGAUCUGUGAGAUCAACCACACAUCUUGUCCUUACCAGAAGAAUGCCGGAGCGAAUGUUCCCGGGACUUUUCAGCAAUACCUCGUCAGUCCAGCAAUUCAUGCUACAAAGAUUCCGCCGGAAUUGGCUCCUGACACAGCGGCUCCUUUGCUAUGCGCCGGUAUUGCCAUGUAUUCCUCGAUCAAGAAAACCAAAACACGCCCAGGCGACUCAAUCGUCAUUCUCGGAGCAGGAGGAGGCUUGGGACACAUGGGUGUUCAAAUUGCAGCAAAAAAGGGACUCAAGGUCCUCGCCAUCGACAGAGGAGAAAAUAAACGAAAGCUCUGUCUUGAGCUCGGCGCCGCCGAAUUCUUCGAUUUUACCCAAGUCGAUAUUGUCGAGGCCGUCAAAGCAGCCACUCGCGAUCUAGGUGCUCACGCCGUGAUCUGCACGGCUAAUGGUGAAAAAGCGUAUGAGCAAAGUAUGCAAAUGCUGCGUCGUCUGGGUACGCUCGUCUGUGUGGGGAUUCCAAAUACCCCGUUCAGGUUGCCUGCUACGCCUUUUGAUAUGAUUGUGAAAGGUCUCACGAUUGUGGGGAAUUCCGCCGGAAGCAAAGCGGAAAUGGAUGAAUUAAUGGAACUGGCGGUGGCGGGCGAUAUUCAGGCGCGAGUGGAGGUGUACGAUCUGGUCGAGAUUGUGGACGUUUUGAAGCGUCUGGAGAAUUCGGAAAUUGAAGGGCGUGUGGUCUUGAGGAUUCCCGAAUAG